GUCAUGUCAGCUAAAAAGUGGGCAAUCUUCUUCUUGUACCUCAUUUCUUAUGGGGGAUGUAAUGCUGAGCUACCAGAAUAUACACGGGACAAAGUGGACAAGGGCCUAAAUACCCUAGUUGAAGGUAUUUCAGCACUAGAAGUAUUGAAAACUACAUCCAAAGACAAAGCGGAAGCAGCCCAGACUGCAGUGAAGCUAAUCUUCCCAGCAAACUCCCAGGCUUCUAUGUUAAAAACAGUGAAGAAUUCAGUCGGCAAAGCCGUGUCUGCCAUUGUGAAAACAGUGAAUGUUUUGACAAAAGCCCUGUCUGCCUUCAGCUUUGCUGCUGCAUUCAUCAGCUUCAUUCUGGCAUUUAUUCCCCAGCAGGAUCCUUUAAUGAACUUCAUGAAGGAACAGUUUGCAGAGGUUAAUCGAAAACUUGAUGUAAUUUCUUUGGACAUCAGCACACUACAAAAGGAUGUCAAGUGGUACUCAUAUACCAGUAUUUAUUCACAGGAUGAAAGAAAAAUACAGAAUGCUUGGAUGAAGUUUAAUGAGUUCAGGGAGAAGGCAAUACUGGUAAAAACAAAUCAGGAAAAGACAAGACUUGCAGAGCAAUUUACCAGCUACUUUGAGAGCACCAGCACCGAGAGUAGUAUCGAGAACUUCUACCGAUACCUCACGCAAAAGGAGUUGUCCCUCACUGAAAACCUACUCGAUCUGGUUAAUGAGAAAUUCAAGCGAGACUUCAAUGUUGUUACACAGUUUGCAGCACACUUCACAGCACUCAUGUUCAAAGGCAUGCAGCUUAACUUGUACUACUAUGCGCUCAAGGGCUUUGAUGGUGAGGCCAAGGCUAAGGACUGUGUGGAGAAAUUAGCAAAUGUGCUUGCAGCAGUAGAAAAGGCCAUGACUGAGUGUAUUGAUAAAUAUGAGGAACAGGCAAAGAUAGAUGUGGAUGAGAUUGGGUUGUCAUCAUGGUCUGACACCAAAGAACUGGCAUCAUUGAUCAAGAACCAUUUAGACAAGAAAUUCGAUUGGUAUGAGUGGAUUGUUAUUGCUUACGAAAAUGAUUCAAAAUAUAAGUUUGCAGCCGGAAAUUAUAUUGUAAAAAAUAUUCAAAAUAAAGCCAAGGUCUUCAUCUUUCAUAGAGAGAAGGGAGCACCAAUUAAUGACCAGAUAAAGGAACAAAUCCAAAAGGAACUGUCUAAGCGUGCAUGCCUUUCAGCUACCUUAUUGAAUUAUCCUCCUCUAUCAGAAGCAAUGUUCAACAAUGAGCAAAUGAGCAACAUAAUUGCAAUGCAUGCAGUUUUGGAUCACAAUUAUUACAGACAGACUGAUAAUAAAGCCAUGAUACAAGCAUCAUGUAGACUGAACAUGUUCACUGUCAUUCUAAGAGGGAAAGAAGAAGCACUGACUUCUCCAUGCUCUAAAUCUUCUUGUGAGAAUGGAAUGUGCAAGCCCAUCCCAAACACCAUGGGAGAGUAUUGUAGUUGUAGCCAUCUUUACUAUGGCCCAUCAUGUACCCAGCAGGUCUUGGAUGACAUCAGGUGGGAGACAGUCAAGGAUUUCAUCAAUUCUAUCACCAUCCAUCCUGUUCCCGAUCUUACAUCAAUCUUUUACAGUGUGAAGAACUUGAAAGAGUAUACCACCUUACUAGCAAAAUCAAUGGAGUCCCAGAUAGAAUGGACACAAGUCUUGGUAAAAUAUAGUUCGACCAUAUCCAAGCUGCAGUUUCUCAUCAGUCAAAACAAGCGCCUGGAGGACAACAUACUCUCAGCUGUUGAUUUUUUGCAUGACAUGAACCAGCAGUUCUGCAGUACAACAUUCAGCUUCCUGGCUGAUAAUUAUAACUCAAUGAUGAUGGGGGCAGGUUUUGGAGAUGAGCUUAACAUUCUUGAUAUGUACCGUAAGAUCUUGCUAACUAAAAACCCCCAAUCGCCAGCCAUAGCCUGUUCCUCAGACUACAAGGUUAAAAUUGACACUUUUGUACGGUACAUGUUUGCACUUCAGAAGGAAUCUCACUUAACUUGGAUUAAAUAUUUGCUUUUGUCUAAACAGCCCAACAAAGCAGAUGAUGCCAAAAAACAGUUUAAUAUUACAGUCUUCAACCAGUGGCGUCUCUUCAAUAAAAAUGGCUGUGGACCCCUUGAUGCCAAGUCACUAGUCAACAAUUUCUGCAGUGACUUAUAUCAUACCACUGAAGGCCUACAGGUCAAGUUGUCUUGUGGAGAAAAAUUAGGGGCGUUUCCGAUCACAGUUAAAUGCAGCCAAGGCAAGUGGAGUGCCAUUCCUGUGUGCUAUGCAAACCCGCGUAAUGGAAUCACAGACUGUAAGACUGUUGGGACAGAAACUGUCUGCAAAAUGACAUGCAACUCAUACUGGGCCUACAGUGAUGGUACCACUCAGAAAACCUUCACCUGCAACAAGCCACCCUGUGAAGCCAUAAACCCCAGUCCUUGCCAAAAUUGCUUGGCUCACUCUGCCUGUCAAUCAAAUGAAGUCUGCAAUUCUUUCAAAAAGAUGUGUGAAGAUGGAUGCAGUUCUGGCAACAACCCCUGUGGUGUAAACACAGCCUGCACAACAGUUUCCAACCAGCAGAGGUGCACUUGUAAAUCGGGCUGGUCUGGAGAUGAUCCUCGCCGUGGCUGCACCUAUGCAGUUCUUAGGUGGAUUGCUACCAAUUCCAUCCAAAGGAAUGCUGUGGUUGGAGCCUUUGUGCCAUCCUGGGGUAUUAACAUGUAUGUAUGUAGAUCAAAAGCAUCUGAUGGCUCCUGGCAUUCUGGGAAGCUUAUAAACUCUAGAAGGGGUGUCAUGUGCAACUAUGGCAUUGGAGGCAAAGAAAUUGAAAGCUUCUCUUUUGAGAUGCUACUUUACCCUUGUUCUGGACGACAAGGUAUGAAGUGGGUCAAUGGGGUUACAGAUAAGCUUGUAUAUGUUGAUACAACAGGUGGUGUGAAACUCUACGUCUGCAGGUCUUAUUAUAAUGAAUGUUUUCACCCAGGGAAGCUUUAUAUCACCAAUGGAAAAUGGGUCUGCGAGUAUGGUUAUGGGGGCUACGCAAGAAUAGAUACCAACUUCCAAACUUUGAAACAAACACCAUGCUACUAACAAAAAUGUCAUAAAUGUGUUCCUACAAAAGUGGACUAUACCUCUGGCUUUUCAUCUCUCAUGUCUGUGCAGGAGGCAAAAAAAAAUAUUCAUCCUUCUUUAAGUGAAAUGAUGGCUAGUACAUAUAUGUAAUUCUUUCAAAAUACCUUUCAUUUAUUCAUGAAUAUGUCACUUAUAUCUAGUUAUAAACAAUUUACCAUAUUUACUGUAUGUCCCCUAGUUUUAGCAAAGUUGCUUGGGGCACCUGUUUUGUGAAUAGUUUGUUCCAACUUAUCCUACUCAGUUGCAUUAAGAUCAUGUGAAAUGGGGUGGACCCUGCAUGAAGCUGAUUUCACUGCUAUGUUCAUGGAAGCAUUCCAGGACUUUAAAUAGCCUUAUUCUAUGAGGGCAAAAGGUUUCUUGGAUUGCCAGUUAUGCUCAAUCAGAAAUUGUAGCUGUGUUUCUGUGGUCAUUAGACAAGUCAGUUCUAGUGUCUUAGGAGGUUAUGUGCUUAACACUACUAUUAUUUAGUUAUCAACUUUUAAUAUUUUCAGGAUGAUUUGCAAAAUCUUAAAAGGGUUUUAAUGUGCACUCCCCUACAACUCCCAGAAAUCUUUAAAGCUUUAGCGCAAUGUGCACUCCUUGCAACCUUUAAAGUAUCUGUACUGAACUUGGAAUGACAAAGUGGGACAGGACCAAGUAAAAAACUGGAGUUGUUAGAUUUUAGUGCAAGGCUUGGCUUCUACAUUUAAGUCCUCCAUUUGUGUCCAAUUUUCCCCAGCCACUCCCAUCUUUGUCUCUUGCUAUGAUCAUCUCACUGAGGUUGCAGGAUGAUGGACAAUGGAAAUAAAAAGAGAGAGCCUGGCUAGAACUGUGUGCUCUACCACUGUGGUUCAUGUGCAAAAGCCUUUAAUUGAAUCUCCCAGUUUGUCAAUGCUUUCAAAUAUCAUGAUGGUCUUUUAAUCUGUCCCUGAAUCUUGUUUUGGAUACUUUUGCCUAAUUUUUCCUUCUUAAAUUGUAUUUUUAGACUUUUUUUCUGUUUUUAAUUACUCUCUUUGGAUUAUGGAUUUUAUUUAAAA